AUGAAACUAUUCCUGGUAGUCGUCGGUCUCUCAGUGGCAUUCGCCGCUCCUCAGUAUGAGCCCAUAGUCACGGACUACCACAAUGUGAUUGGUAUUCCUGAAGCUGCCCGCAUCAAGGCGGCAGAGGCUGCCCUGGACUUCGACGGCUCCCGGAUCAUAGGUGGUUCAACGUCCAACCUAGGCCAGCACCCGCAUAUGGGUGGGUUGGUGAUCACUCUCAGCAAUGGUGCACAAUCCGUCUGCGGGUCCUCCCUGAUCAGCAACAACAGGAUUGCUACCGCUGCUCACUGCUGGCGCACGCGUCAAUCCCAGGCCACUCGCUUCACCGUCGUUCUUGGCUCCAUCCGCCUCUUCUCCGGCGGUACCCGCAUCAACACCAACAGUGUGACUAUGCAUGGCAGCUACAACAUGGACACUUUGGUAAACGAUGUUGCUAUUGCCACCAUUUCAUGGGUGAGCUACAAUGGUGUGAGGGAAUGA